GCCUACUUGGCGGCACCGCCAUGCUGUUGCUGUUGCUGCUGCUGCCGCCGCUGCGUCCCUUCGCCCGGUUGCACACGCCGGGGUCCGCCGCCGCUCGCCGGCUCCUCCACAUCAGCCGGAACCGGCGGAAGGACGGGCUGAGGACAGUCUCCUCCCAGGACAGCGGGGAGCAAACCGUAAAGGGGAAUAAUAAUCCGCAGCGGGACAAGGAAAACUACGAUCUGUCUAAAUAUCCAGUUGAAAAUAUUAGAAAUUUCAGCAUAAUUGCACACGUAGACCAUGGGAAAAGUACACUUGCAGAUAGACUUCUGGAAAUAACAGGGGCAAUUAUCAAGACUGAACACAACAAACAAGUACUAGAUAAACUGCAAGUGGAACGAGAACGAGGUAUUACAGUGAAAGCACAGACAGCAACUCUCUUUUACAGCCAUGCAGGAAGAACCUACCUCCUAAACCUGAUCGACACACCAGGUCACGUGGAUUUCAGCUAUGAAGUUUCUCGAUCAUUGGCUGCUUGUCAGGGUGUUCUCUUGAUAGUGGAUGCCAAUGAGGGUAUUCAAGCACAGACUGUGGCAAACUUCUACCUUGCCUUUGAAUCGCAGCUAAUGAUAAUUCCAGUGAUAAACAAGAUUGACCUCAAGCAUGCAAACCCUGACAGGGUUGAAAAACAGAUUGAAAAGGUCUUUGAUAUUCCGAAAGAAGAAUGUAUCAGGAUUUCAGCCAAACUAGGAACAAAUAUAGAUCGAGUUUUGGAAGCAGUUGUUGAAAAGAUUCCACCGCCUCGUGCAAACAUUUCAGAUCCAAUGAGAGCUUUGGUGUUCGACUCCACCUAUGACCAUUAUAGAGGAGUUAUAGCCAGCAUUGCACUCUUUGAUGGAUUGGUGCAAAAGGGGGACAAAAUAAUGUCAUCUUACACCAAGAAAGUGUAUGAAGUUAAUGAAGUCGGAAUCCUAAGGCCCGAUCAGUACCCAGUAGAACAGCUGUGUGCUGGACAAGUGGGUUACUUGGUAGCUGGAAUGAAGGAGGUGAAGGAAGCACAGAUUGGAGACACCCUUUAUUUACAGAAACAUCCUGUGGAGCCACUAGCUGGGUUCAAACCUGCCAAACCAAUGGUCUUUGCAGGAAUGUACCCUAUUGACCAAUCUGAGUAUACCAACUUAAGGAAAGCGGUGGAGAAGUUGACACUGAAUGAUUCCAGUGUGACAGUUCACCGGGAUAGCAGCCCAGCCCUGGGGGCUGGCUGGAGGUUAGGUUUUUUGGGACUUCUGCACAUGGAGGUAUUCAACCAACGAUUGGAACAAGAGUACAAUGCAUCAGUCAUUCUUACUGCCCCUACAGUUCCAUAUAAGGCAGUUCUUCAAUUAUCCAGCAAAUUAAUUAAGGAAUAUGGAGAAGAAGAAAUUACAAUAUUAAACCCAUGCCAUUUUCCUGAUAGGAACCAAGUUAAAGAAUAUCUGGAACCAGUAGUCAUCGGCACUAUCCUCAGUCCUGAUGAUUACAUUGGGAAAAUAAUAUCUCUUUGUAAGAAUCGAAGAGGAAUUCAGAAGAAUAUGGUUUACAUUGAUGAACAGAGAGUUAUGAUGCAAUACCAAUUUCCAUUAAAUGAAAUUGUGGUAGACUUUUACGACAGUUUAAAAUCUCUUUCUUCAGGAUAUGCCAGUUUUGACUAUGAAGAUGCAGGUUACCAGGCAGCUGACCUAAUUAAAAUGGAUAUUUACCUCAAUGGAAAAUGUGUGGAGGAACUCACAAUGGUUGUGCACAGGGAGAAAGCUUAUUUUUCUGGUAAAGCAAUAGCAGAACGUUUAAAGGAGACAAUACCACAGCAACUUUUUGAAAUCGCCAUUCAGGCAGCAAUAGGCAGCAAAGUCAUAGCACGAGAAACUAUUAAAGCUGUGAGAAAAAAUGUCUUGGCAAAAUGUUACGGUGGAGACAUAACUCGAAAAAUGAAGCUACUGAAGAGACAAGCUGAAGGGAAGAAAAGGAUGAGGAAAAUCGGCAAUGUGGAAAUACCAAAGGAUGCCUUCAUAAAUAUACUAAAAAGACAAAAGGACAAGUAAAGUUAAUGUGCAGGAAGGAACUGCAGAUGCUGGUUUAAACCGAAGAUAGAUACAAAAUGCUGGAGUAACUCAACGGGACAGGCAGCAUCUCUGGAAAGAAGGAAUGGUUGAUGUCAAGACUUUUCUUCAGACGUUGUUAAGUCGACAUAUUACGUCAAAUGUUAAGUUCUUCAUCUUCUGCACAUACAGCAAGGAGAUAAAAUGGCCAAGCAUAAGAGUGGAAUGGAUUCUUCAUAUACAUAUUGUACAUAACAGUCAACAUACAUCAAAAAUAAUGUAAUUUUGAUGAAUUGGUAUGAUGGGUGUAUAUAAAUACAAUUAUAUUAUAGUGUGGAAUUUCUCGAACAGUUGGAGCCAAUCUGCAUAAUUUCUGCCAUUUCAAAUCCAAAAUUAAGACCAGUGAGAAAAAACUGUUUUAUAAUUCUCUGUAUCAAUAAUGUGAUGAAGAUUGCUUUUUUCAGAAGUAUUUAUUUUUACUGUAAAUAUAUUUGUCAAAUGAAAUUAAAUUCCCUUUGAAACAUAAAUGCAAUUUUAAUAUA